AUGAAACAUUCUAUUUUUAAUUCAUCACAUCAAUGUCAUUCAACUCAACCUUACAAGAAUAGAAAGUUUAAAUGUACUCCUACAGUUCGUAUAUCACAACCGAUAAUAAGAUGUGAUGGCUAUUGUUUUCAACGAAAUUUCUAUCAACGGUCACCACAUUAUUUAUUUCGUGAAUCGUCUUGUUCAAAAGGAAUAUAUACAAAACAAAAAUAUUUCGAUCCUUCUUCAUACAGAGUCACAGUACGACGAAUAACUUCAUCUCACAUUUCUUCCACUACAGUAGAAUCUUAUUCAGCGCAUAGAAAUGUCAAUGUUGAUCAAAUUUAUCUUGAACCAUUUAAUCAUAUAGUAACGAGUAAUGAUCGACAAUUUAGUACAACACAAAAUCCUAAUAUAUAUAAUAAAAAUGAUUUUAAUUUUGAUAAUUUAAAUACUCCGUCAGUACCUUCGAAAAAAAUUGUACCGACAAAUAAAGGAAUUCAAGCAAGCAGUACUAGUUUUAUUAUAACAACAGAUGAUCAAAAAAGUUUUAUUAGUGAUAUCAUUUCAGAGACGAAUUCUGAAGACACAGUGGUACAUACACAAUCAUUCAAUACAUCGAUACGUCCUAUGAGAAAAGCAGAGACAUCAAAUAAUGAUAGUUUAUCAUUAUCUAAAUUGAAAUCAACAUUGUUAAAUAAUAAUGUAUUAGAAAAUAUACAAACAAAGCGUAACAGUAUAAAUAAAGAACAGUUAUUUAUUCAACCUGAAUCAAUCAUUGACGAAGCAAAGAAACUGGAACGAUAUUCUCCUAAAGAAAAAUUUAGUUCAUCACAAAUAUCAUCGGAUCAUACAUCGUAUGAAUCGAAUACUUCUCAAGAGUCAAUACUACCUAAUAUAGAAGAUGUCAAAUCCAAUGCUAUGCUCGUCCAUCCAUCUCAAUCUCUAAAAUCUGUAACAUCAUUAAACAAUGAAAAACAAAAAUCAUCUACUGAUAUUAAAAAAUCUAAUUUAACAUUACGUAAUGUUCGAUCAGCUCUUAAUGUUGGCUUGCUGUUUGAUGAAACUAUGAUAUAA